UUUCGCAAUCGCAGAAGCCGGAAUCGGAGCCCUAUCGUUAAGCAGGCAGCCAUGGUGAACGUACCAAAGACAAAGAAGACCUACUGCAAGAGCAAGGAGUGCAAAAAGCACACCUUGCACAAGGUCACCCAGUACAAGAAGGGAAAGGAUAGCUUGGCUGCCCAAGGAAAGCGUCGUUAUGACAGGAAACAAUCAGGGUAUGGAGGUCAGACGAAGCCCGUUUUCCACAAGAAGGCUAAAACCACGAAGAAGAUUGUGUUGAGGCUGCAAUGCCAGGGUUGCAAGCACGUCUCCCAGCACCCGAUCAAGAGGUGCAAGCACUUUGAGAUUGGUGGAGACAAGAAGGGGAAAGGAACCUCCCUAUUUUAAGUCAUUUUUGUGCUCUUUGUUACCUCUGUUUCUGUUCUCAGUUACAGCCGAAAGAGGAUAUACUAGUUGGGAUUCUCAGUGUUUUGUUAUUGCAGUUGACAAAUGCAAUGUGAUGGUACCAUGUUGAAUGUUGUUUAAGUUUCCACGCUCUCUUGAAUCCAUGUUCUAGUCCAACUGAGAGCAUACUUAACAAAAUUGAUUAUCCUUUGAAGUAGUGAUUGUUUGUACUGACCAACGCAUCAGGAAUCUACAAUGUUUCUUCAGCUCUCAAGAAAAACCUCUUGGAACC